UGUUAUUCUCUAGCAUUAUCACUCAAGAUAUUGUAGCAAUAACAAGCACCACGUGAAAAGUAUUUUUAUUUCAUUCUUAAAUUCCAAUAAUUUACUGCUGUGCUCAUCAUAAAUAUUAAUUUUGUCAACUGUUCAAUCAAAAGGUGUAAAACAGAUAAAAUAAUGAAUAAAUUGUUGAUUGUUCUACUUAUUGUGGCCUGUGCUGGAAUCGCCCAUUCAGCUAGAAGACCAUGUGGAAAAAAUAUGGUUUACAAUAGUUGUGGAUCUCUGUGUCCAUCAACAUGCGAAGACCCAGAUCCACAAGUUUGUGUAGAAGUUUGUGUCAUGGGAUGCUUUUGUAAAGAUGGAUAUGUGUUGGAUGAAGGAAUUUGUAUUCGUCCAGAACAGUCUCAAUCUGAAGAUAAUCUAUGUCUAAAACCUAACAUGGUAUGGAAUGAAUGUGGAUCAGCAUGCGAACCAUCAUGUGAGAAACAACCAGAUUAUUGCAUUUUAGUCUGCGUUGCAAAGUGCGUUUGCAUCGAAGGAUAUGUUUUGGAUUCCAAUGGCAAUUGCAUUUUACCAACUCAAUGUCCUUCAGACAUCACAACUUGUACGGAACCAAAUACAGAAUAUGCAUUUUGUGGAUCAGCAUGUGAGCCAACCUGUAGACACCGUCGACCAAGAUUUUGUACAACACAAUGUAUUGAAGGAUGUAGAUGCAAAAAGGGAUAUAUUCCCCAAUCAGGUUCAAGUAGAUGCUCACAACCACACAAAGUAUGGAACGACUGUGGAACAGCUUGCCCACCAACAUGUGAAAUUCCAGAGCCAGACAUGUGCAUAGAAAUUUGUGUCAGUGCAUGUUUCUGUGAAGAUGGAUAUCUUUUAGAUCCAGUUGGCAAUUGUGUUCUCUCAGACCAAUGUGCUUGAGAAAAGUUUUAAAAGUUUUGCAAAUAUAAAUUGUAUUUUUGGUCAAAAUUAUUGGAAUUAAAAGCUUAACAAUUUUUUUU